AUGGCGCUCUCUCCGGCGGCCGGGUGGCCGGCGGCCGCGGCGGGGCCGGCCCGCUCGUCUUGCUCUCCUCACGAAUUCCGCCGCCUGGUGGCUUUGGCGUCAUCCAAGGCCGCCUCUGACGCUUCUUCUUCUGUCUUUCGUCUUCCUGGGCUCACCCUUUCGCCGUCGCGGCGUUCCUUGGCCGGCGCGUCACUGAGGAGCUGGCUCAUCCGGGCUUAUCCUUCAGGAGGAUUCUGGGAGGAACCUGACGAUGGGUACGGCAGUGAGUUCGAAGAGAUGAACGGGGAGGAAGACGAGGACGAAGAGCAAGGAGACAAGGCGGCCGGAGAAGUAGCGAGGGUCAACUCAGAGAAGGCUGCCUAUGCUUCCACGGACUAUGCUUCUGAAUACGAGCGACUUCGCCAUGGUCCCUUUAUUUUCCUUCUCUUUGGAAUCCCGUUUUACCAUCCCACUUAUGUUAAAACCUUUGCAUAGCUCCAGGCUUACAUUCGUUUAAUUUGUCUCCAAAUCAUUUGCAAUGACUGAAAAUGUGACAAGGUUAAAUCAUCAGAGCUAUGAAAUCCUGCAGAAGUGAAGGUCAUACUGGUGGGUUUAAUGACAGAAAAGAAACAUCUACUGUGGCCCUUUUACUAUAAAUGGCUUCUUCUCUAAAAGGUCAUCAUCUGUACAAUUGAUGGGAAACGAGGAAGUCAACUGAGUCCAUGGUAGACAUCCGAAAAAGGUUUAUUUGAGAGUUCCGGGCUCAUCAUUUAAAUGGCUAAUAUUAUUUUACUGAUAUAAUAAGAGCCUAGGAUUUUAAUGAUAAGAGUUUAUUAUAACUCGCCAAUGUUGAGUGCAUAAUGGCAUACUUGGGUGAAAUCAAUGGAAAUUAUUCUAACUUCAAAGUUUGAUCGUUCAUCUGGUUGAUUUUUCUCAUAAAAUUUAGGAAAAAAUCACCUGUAAUGAGUGCAUAAUGAGCACACUUAGGUGAAAUAGAGAAUAAUUUUUCUCACUUCAAAGUUCGUUUUUGCAUCUAGUUUUAGCUUUUUCUUCUUCAGAAAAUCGUCAAAGUAAUUUGGAGCACCAUAUUCUUUUCCUUUGUUGAAUUUGGAUUCCUCCGAAUAGACAUCAUUCUGGUGCAAAAUAUGUUCCUUAGCCCAGUUGUCUCUACAUGAAUACCCUGAUGAUGUUUCUAUCAGUUCCUGGUUGUUUGCUACAGUAGUUCAUCGUCUUGGAAAAUGCUUACUGAUUUUGUUUUCUUUCAAUUUUUCAUGCAAUUAAGAAGGGUGAUGAAAUUAUGGUAUAUUCCGGGAAAUAAUGAUUAUUUAACAUGAUUAAUUAUUUCAAGAUGAGUUUAGGAAAAUGAGGAUAUUGAGAAUAUGAUAUCUUGAAUGACCCAGAUGUUAAAUAAAUGAUCCCAUUUAUGUACUCCAUCUUUCUGAACCUUUGGAGCUUUUUUUAUGAAAAAGAUGAAGCCAACUGAGAUUUUUUAUCCUGAACCUUGCAGAGGUUGACUUACUGCUAAAUCCAGAAGAGAAGGCAAUUUUGGAGCAGAAUAAAUUCCCCGAUCUCAGCAUAAUAUCUUGCGUUGAGUUCUUAAAGCUCUGAUCUUUGUUUUUCCCUGGGGGUCAUUUCGUCAGUGAUACUCAAGAACAUGAAACAGACCUAAUUUAGUAGAUUCCAUUAAUAGGAAUAUGUGCUCAAUAUCGUUCUACUUUGAUGCAGAAUAAAUGGAGACCAUUCCAUACUCGGGCACUGUCCGGGCAGAUACCCUUCAUGGGUGUCCUUCUCCAGAAUGGCUUAGACAUUGAUGCCAUUGAUAAGGUAUUAUAUUUUUCUUUAAGUUACCUCGAAUCUACUUCUAAUUUAUCCAAAAUGUGUAAGUCCUGAGUACCUUCAGUAUUACAGGAUGGUUUGACGACCCUCCACCGGGCAGUAAUUGGUAAGAAAGAGGCGGUUAUUAGUCAUCUCCUGAGGAGAGGGGCCAACCCACAUGUCAGAGAUAGGGUGAGUUGAUCAUAUCUGGCCUUGAAUUAUUAAAAAUAAUGAAAUCAUGUAUUAUUUAAGCUUUCAAUUUAUUUUUCAGGAUGGGGCUACUCCACUGCAUCAUGCAGUUCAAGUUGGUGCCAUGCAGACAGUCAAGCUACUGAUAAAAUAUAAGGUCGAUGUAAAUGUUGCUGAUAAUGUGGGUGACAUCGACUCUAGUGUAUGGAAAUAUUUUUCAUUUUGAAGAGUACGGUUUCAUUUUUUAUUUACCGUUUUUUUUUGUGUUGUUCAUCCACAGGAGGGUUGGACCCCCCUGCAUCUUGCAAUUCAGGGUAGGUCUAGAGAUAUUGCUAAGGUAUUAUUGGUCAAUGGGGCUGACAAGAACAGAAGAAAUAAGGUAAUUAUUUAUGGCAUUAAGGAAUUAUUGGUAGCUGAUUAUACCUGUCUUUUAUCUGUGAGUUGACUUUUUAUGAGGAUUCACACGUUGUGCACUUUAAUGGGAUUAAUUUUAAAUUCAUGCCUAAUUAAUAUGUAUGAAGGACACCCGUGUAAUAUUUAUUGACUAUUGCAUAAUAUGGAAUGUAUUAAUUAGACAAUUCGAAAGUUAAUGAGCCGGCCAAGAACAGAUCGAACAGGCUAACUCAUGGAUUAUGGAUGAAUGAAUAAAAUUGCAUAAUUUUAAUCUGUAUUAUUUUGCAAAAGAUCUUGGGAAGUUAACUUUGUGGGUAGAUUCCCCUUUUUUGUCCAAUUCAAAGGUAUUAAUCAGAAAUUUAUGCCUAAUUAGGUUUCAUGAAGGAGCUUCAAAUUCUCUCUAAUUUCCUCUGUUGCUUCAGGAUGGAAAGACCCCUCUGGACCUCAGCUUGUGCUAUGGGAAGGACUUCAAGUCCUACGAGCUUGCCAAGCUCCUCAAGCUCGUUCCUGCAAACAGGGAGCUCUGA